CAGGGAGACCCGCCCCGGGAUGGUCAGGUCUAACAACUUCGCGUCCGCUCGAGUAGCUGAGAGCUGCCGCACCCUCUCACAGUGAGUUCAGGAGCCCGGAGCAGAGAGGGAAAGCAGCACUGAGCUGUGUUUGGAAAUGUCCGAGGUGUUUAGCAGCGAGGUUUUCCUCGCAUACUCUACCUACAGCACCAUCGUGUUGCUGAAGAUGCUGUUGAUGGGACCCCUGACAGGAUACUUCAGGGUCACUCGGAAGGCUUUUGUCAGUGCUGAAGAUGCUUGGGCACAUGGUGCAACUGAUGAAGAAUCCAAAAAAAAAUUAAUGAGGACAGACCCUUAUGUGGAGCGUGUGAGAAGAUGUCAUCAGAACGACCUGGAGAACAUUGUUCCAUUUGUCGGCAUUGGUCUGUUGUAUGCCCUCUCUGGACCUGACCUGAAUACAGCUGUAAUGCACUUCAGAAUCUUUGCUGCGUCCAGAAUCUUCCACAGCAUUGCUUAUCUGGUUCCUCUUCCCCAGCCAUCACGUGGCUUGAGCUGGAUAGUUGGGAUGGGAGUGACCUUUUCAAUGGUCUAUAGAGUGCUGAAGGCAGGAGUCCACCUUUGAAUGAAAGCAACAAUUGUAACCAUAGCAUUUUAUAUUCAUUUCUUUUCUUGCAUGUAUUGAAACCACUAACCGCACGUAAGCGACUGAGAUGCAAGGUUUUAGAUUAAAUGUUGAAAAUGCAAAAGAUAAGUGAAUAAAAAAAAUCUAAGUCA